AUGGCAGAUGCAGCCGUUACAGCAGCGCUCCUUCUAAUUGAGAAGGUAUCAAGCUUCCUUGCUCAAGAAGUAAACCUUAAAAAAAAAUUGCAGGAUAAUAUUGAAGAUGUCCGAAACUGGCUGAGGACUAUACAUGCCCACUUAAGGGAUGUUGAUGGCAAAGAAGGCAGUGCGCUGCAGAUAGAACGAUCAAACCAACUACGAGAUAUAGCCUAUGAUAUUGAGGAUGUUCUUGACGAGUUUCAGCUUCAUGUGCCAGUACCACAUCAAUUUCAUCGGCACACAGUCUCAAAGAUGGCUCAUGAUGCUGCACAUUCUGUAAAGCAUCGCUAUGCCCUCCAUCAGUUGUCCUCUGGAAUCAAAGGGAUUAGGAGGAAGAAGGAGAACCUUAGGGAAUUUGAUCCUCGUCAUCUUCAUCUUGCAGAAGGGUCAAGCUCUGGUUCAAGGGUGGAGGAUCAUCAUUUGACCAAGCAGAUUCCUCAAGAAGAUGAAAUUGUAGGCUUUGACGAGCAGAAAGCAAAACUUAUGCAGCAGUUACUAGAAGAAGGAGAAGCAAGGCGCAUGACAAUUUCUGUGGUCGGGCCUGCUGGCUCGGGAAAAUCCGUUCUUGUAAAGAGUGUCUAUGAAGACAAGAGUGUUGUAAAACGAUAUGACUGUCAUGCUUGGAUUCAUGUGUCUCGUUCCUCCAAAAUUGAUGAACUUUUAUGGAGAAUGUUGGGGCAGUUUUGUGAGGGGCGAGAGGAUCUCUAUCCCCCCGGGCAAGAUGUUCUAGAUAAAUUGAAAAACCAUUUACAGUGGAGAAGGUACCUCGUCGUUUUAGAUGAUCUGUGGAGUAAAGACGAUUGGGAACGCAUUGUGAGUGCAUUGCCCUCCAGUUUUGGCGAAAGUAGAAUAAUUAUCAUCACAACAAACUCUAAUGUGGCCUCUUCUUGUGUACACAACCCAAAGCUUCAUGUUCACGAAGUAAAAGCUCUAUCAUGGCCAUAUGAUUGGCACCUUUUCUGUAAGAAGGUUUUCAGCACCAGCGAUGGAGUGUGUCCUAAAGAGUUGGAGGAGUUGUCUCAAGAUAUUCUGGUAAAAUGUGAAGGUUUACCAUUUGCAAUUGUUGCUGUCGCUAGUCUCCUAUCAACCAGGGAAAAAACACCUACUGAAUUCAAGAAAUUGUAUGACAGCCUUGGGUCAGAAAUUGAAGCUGGUUCCAAACUUUCAAAAAUUGGAAAAGUAUUGCUGCCCAGUUACAAGGAUCUGUUGGACAAAGGCAAUCUAAAGAGUUGUCUUCUGUAUUUUAGUAUUUUUCCAGAGGAUUAUUCAAUUAAGCGUGGAAGAUUGAUUCGCUUGUGGAUAGCUGAAGGAUUUAUUCCGGAAAAAAGAGGCAAAACUGUGGAGAUGGUUGCAGAGGAGUACCUCGAUGAGCUUAUCGGAAGGAAUUUGGUUCAUGUAAGCUCAAGGGAUUUUGAUGGACGUGUAAGCAGUUGUCGAUUGCUUAACAUAGUUCGAGAAUUCAUCAUUCAGAAAUCCGAGGAGGAAAAUUUUGUCACAAUCCUUGCUGAACCAAGCACAGAACCAAGUGAGAAAGUCCGACGCCUCUCUUUUCAGUCUAAAUUCUCUCGGCAUGAGAGUUUUGGUUUGAAUUGUGUUCGAACUUUCUUCAUGUUUGAUUGGUAUGAUUCCUUUAGCUCAAAGAUUGGAAAAUUAGUUCAUCGAUUCAAGUGGUUGAAAGUCUUAGAUUUGGAAGGUGCACCAUUAGAAACUUUUCCCAAAGAAAUUGUUAAGCUCACCCUUUUAAAGUACCUCUCUUUGAAGGAAACAAAGAUAAAGACAGUUCCAGAGUCUAUAAAGGAACUAGCAUACCUUGAAACCUUAAACCUCAAAAAAACUCUUGUGACUAAGUUACCAUUGGAGAUACGUGAACUCCAGUUUUUGCGCCAUCUUCUUGUUUAUCGUUACAACGUAAAGAAUUAUGUAACCUUUGAUCCUGUACAAGGAGUGGAGGUCCCUCCAGGAAUUGGGACUUUGAAUAAGCUUCAGAAAUUGUCACUUUUGAGGGUAAACAAGGAAGUACUAGAAGAGUUGGGGGCUUUAAUCCAACUAAAGAAGCUUGGGAUUCUUGAUCUCAAGAGAGAAGAUGGAAAGAGAUUGUGUGCAUCCAUUAUGAAGAUGCCCGACCUUUUGACUCUUGAUGUAAGCUCAACUGGCCCGGGGGAGUAUCUAGAUCUGGAUGGUAUGGUUAAUCACCCUCGCUUUCUUCAACGUCUAAAGUUAGAAGGUCGCCUAGCGAAGUUACCUGGGUGGAUUUCUUCACACUCCCUUGACAACCUACAAAGGAUUUAUUUGAAGUGGUCAAGACUGAACACUUGUGAUAACCCACUUAGGGCACUUGAAGCUUUGCCAAACCUUCUCGAGCUUCAGAUGGUUGAUGCAUAUAUGGGAAAAGCCUUGGAGUUCAAUGCUAAUUCGUUCAAGAAACUCAAAAUUUUGCAACUUGAACAAUUUGCCAACCUGAAUAUGGUGGUAGUACAGGAAACUGCAAUGCCUAAACUUGAAAAGCUGACAAUUUGCAAGUGUAAGAAGCUGGAGAUGCUUCCAUUAGGUAUCUACUAUCUUACUCACCUUAAGGAGCUGCUUCUAUACGAUAUGAACGAGAACUUCCUCAGCUGGCUUAACAAGGAUUGCAAAGAUCGUUGGAUGGCUGAUCACAUUGAGAGAAUCCGCACCUUUACGCUUGACAGCAACCAAUAA